AUGUUCUAUGGGACUCAUUUCAGCAUGUCUCCUCCCGCCAAGAGCAAGCUGAAGCGGCACAGCCAGUUGCUGUCCAGCAUGCUGUCUCGGACCCUGAGCUACAAGUCCCGAGACCUGGAGCCCACCCUGGGCAGCCCGGGCGCCAGGGACGACCCUGCCGAGCUGUCCACUCAGCUCUCUGCCCCGGGUGUCCUGAAGGUGUUUGGGGACAGCGUCUGCUCGGGCACCCACUAUAAGAGCGUCUUGGCCACGGGCUCGUCCAGUGCCCUCGAGCUCGUGAAGGAGGCCCUGGAGCGCUACGCCCUGAGCCCCGAGUGCGCCGGCCAGUACGUGCUGUGCGACGUGGUGGGACGGGCCAGCAGCACGGGGCAGCGGUGGCAGGCCGAGUGCUUCCGCGUGUUCGGGGACAACGAGAAGCCCCUCCUGAUCCAGGAGUUCUGGAAGCCCCAGGAAGGCCUCUCACGGAGGUUUGAGCUGAGGAAGAGGUCAGAUGUGGAAGAGCUGGCCUCCAGGGAUGUGGACACCACCACGGCAGGGAUCAACGCCCAGGCCAGGAGGCUCCAACGGACCCGGGCCAAGGGCACGGCCACAGGUACCCAGCGGCCCUCGCCACCCCACCUGCGCCGCAGCGUCAGUGAGACCAGCCUGAGUGCAGCCCCGCCCGCUGACUCUGGUCAGCCCCACUACGCCACCCUGCCGGCAAGUUCGGGCCCCGAGGAGCCCACCCAGGACACAGGUGGCCUGGCCAAUGAGGGCACCAUGCGCCACUCACUCUAUCAUUCACCCCACCUCCUCCUCCUGCAGGGCUACAGCCAGCAGCACGACAGCCUGGUAUACGUGCUGAACCGGGACCUGCACACGGUGGGCCAGCGGACACCCGCCAGCCGGCCCAGCAUCAGCCUGGCAGCCCCCGACAUCCUGCCCCUGCACUGCACCAUUCGCCGGCGCCGGCGCCCCGGCCUCCAGCCAGGGGCCUCACUGGUGCUGGAGCCCAUUGCAGGCGCGCCCGUGGCCGUGAACUUCACCGAGGCAGGGAGCCACCCCGUGGAGCUGCGUCAUGGUGACCUGCUCUCCCUGGGCCUCUACUACCUGCUGCUGUUCAAGGACCCACUGCAGGCCCAGCCGCUGCCUGCCCAGGCCCUGGCCCGCCUCGGGGCUGCACCGAGGAGCUGCCGUCUGUGCGGAGCCUCGCUUGGGGACCGUGGCACCGCCUGCCCGCCUCGGGCCAGCCCUGAGUCCACGCGCGAGUCCGCCCGGCAGAGGCUGCAGCUGGCCUUCGAGCCGUCUCAGGAGGACGCGCUGCUGCAGCGAAUCCUGACAUUGGUGGAGCCCACGGGCGACGACCACAAGCUGACCCCCGCCUUCCUGCUGUGCCUCUGUGUCCAGCACGCCGCCACCUGCUUCGGACCCGGCGCCUUCGGCCAGCUGCUGCUCAAGAUGGCUGGGGCCAUCCGAGACACGGUCUGGGAGAAAACCAGAGAACUCGCUGAGAAGCAGGCGCAUCUCCAGGAGCCAGCCUCCCUGUCCAGCCUGACCAUGGCCGACCUGGCCCCCGACCUGCAGCACAUCCUCUUCUGGAUGGCGAACUCGGUGGAGCUCCUCUACUUCCUGCAGCAGAAGGGCCCGCUCUACGUGCAGAGCAUGGAGGAGGCGCUGGACGGCACAGGGUCCAGGGAGUCGCUGCUGUCCUGUGCACUGACAGCCAGCGAGGAGGCCAUGGCGGUGCUGGAGGAGGUGAUCCUGUAUGCCUUCCAGCAGUGCGUCUACUACAUCUCCAAGUCCCUGUAUGCGUGCCUGCCCGCUCUCCUCGAGUGCCCCCCAUUCCCCGCCGAGCGCCGCGACAGCUGGAGCCCAGGUCCCCGCCUCCCCGAGGAGCUGCGCCGCGUCGUGGCCAUCUACCAGGCCACGCUGGACCUCCUGCGCCAGUUCCAGGUGCAUCCCGAGAUCGCCACCCAGAUGCUGGCCUACCUCCUCUUCUUCUCCAGCACCCUGCUCUUCAACCAGCUCCUGGACAAGGGUCCCUCGCUGAGCUGCUUCCACUGGCCCAAGGGUGUGCAGGCCUUCGCCCGGCUGCAGCAGCUCCUGGAGUGGGUGAGGGGUGCUGGCUUGGGGGCCACAGGUGAGCAGUUCUUCCGGAAGCUUUCCUGCACGCUCAACCUGUUGUCCACGCCCAGUGCCCAGCUCGUCCAGAUGACCUGGGCCACACUGCGGGCUACCUUUCCUGCCCUGCGCCCAGCGCAGCUCCACCGGCUGUUGACCCAGUACCAGCUGGCCUCGGCCAUGGGCCCCACGAGUGCCUGGGAGCCGAGUGCCCCAGACGCCCCUGACGCCUGCAAGUCUGACGACGUCCUGGAGUCGUACGAGAACCCCCCGCCCAUCGUUCUGCCCAGUGAUGGCUUCCAGGUGGACCUGGAGGUGGACCGACUGGACGACAGCAUCUACCAGCACCUGCUUUACGUCCGCCACUUUGUGUGGGGUCUGCAGAGCCGAGCUGGCCGUGGCAGUGGGCCCCCACCUGCAGAGUGUCUGGAGGGCCUGUACCACACUAUUCCAGAGGGUCCUGCCGAGGGUCAGCAUGGCCCUGCAGCUUCCCGGAACCCCAAGACUCUCCGGGACUCUAGACCACAUGGUAGCAGGAACAGGGGUGUGCCAGAGAGGCAGCCCAGCCGCAGGGGUCCUCCACCUGCUGACACCUCCUCGUGCCUCCUGACUCCACCCAGCACCCCACUGGACCUUGAGCCCCCCACUCAUGACUGGUUUGAGCCCUCUCAGGUGAAGAAGGGUGACCUCAGCCCCCAAGGUGCACCCCAGGAAGGAGGCCCCCAAGCCCCCGAGGACUCGUCCUCCAGCCGUAGCUCCAGCCCCGACGUCCCCCAUGCCUCCCUCUGCCCCUCGGUGGUGGUCGUGGAGCUGGAACGGGGCCCCUCCGGGCUGGGCAUGGGCCUGGUGGACGGCAUGCACACACCCUUGGGAGUCCCUGGCCUCUACAUCCAGACACUGCUGCCUGGCAGCCCUGCAGCCUGUGAUGGCCGGCUCUCGCUGGGGGACCGGAUCCUGGAUGUGGACGGAACCAGCCUGGCAGGAGUCAGCUACCUGAGGGCCAUAGACCUGAUCCGCAGCGGUGGCAAGAAGAUGCGCUUUCUGGUUGCCAAGUCAGACCCCGAGACAGCGAGGAAAGUCCAUUUCCGUGCGGCCCCCUCCUAG